UGUGAUCCUCCUCCAAGAUUCGAGUUUAUGAAGCCAAAUGAUACUAAAUCCAGUUAUAAUCCUGGGGACGUAGUAUACUUUGUUUGUCGACCAGGAUACAAGCCUAUUAGACCUUCUCUUCCCAUGUUUUCCAUUUGUCAGACUAAUAACACGUGGACACCUCUCAAGGAGGCUUGUACAGAAAAACAAUGUCAGCAUCCAGGAGAACCCACAAAUGGCCGGGUAGUCAUUGUAAAUGGAUCUUUAUCCUUUGGUUCACAGGUUCACUAUUCUUGUAAUGAGGGUUAUCGGCUAGUUGGAGAAAGAAUUCUGUAUUGUCAAAUUUCUAUUGAUGAUGAAAGAAAAGUGACGUGGAGUGGUGAUCCCCCACUAUGUAUAAGGAUAAUGUGUCCACCACCUGGAAAAAUACCAAAUGGAAAAUAUACCGGUAGUGAGAAGGAUGAAUUUGAAUAUAAUGAAGUGGUAACUUACAGUUGUAAUCCUUCAAAUGGACCAGAUGAAUAUUCACUUGUUGGAGAGAGUCGUCUUAUUUGUACUGGCGAUGGUGUAUGGAGUAGUCACCCUCCUGAGUGUAAAGUCGUCAAAUGUCCAUUUCCAGACCCUGAAAAUGGACGUCUGUUAUCAGGAUUCAGCAAAAAAUACUACUACAAAGCAACAGUCACAUUUGAAUGCUACCCGGGUUAUUACCAUGAGGGUGAGAACAUAGCAGUCUGUGGUAGUGACAGUACUUGGGAGCCUGCGAAGCCAACGUGUCUUAAAGUGCUGAUUCCUUCCAGUACCAGUCCUCCGAUUUUGAACCAUACAGAACCCGAGUCUCCUCAUAUGACUAUGCCUCCGAGUUCAACAACUACACCUCCAGGACCUCGCCCAAGCCCUGGUGAUGACUCAAAGCCUGACCACCCUAAGACUUUAGAUAAAGUCAUCAUUGUGGCGACCGUUGUUCCUGUUUGUGCUGUUGUUAUUGCAGCAUGUGGCGGCUUCCUGGUUUGUCGACACAAGAAGAAAGGCACAUACCAAACUGGUGAGAGCCACAGAGAAGUAAAAUUUAAUUCUCUAUGAGAAGAAGAGGUGAGAGAAAGGCUUGCUUUUAUCAUUAAAAGGUAUUGGCUUUGUGUGUUUCUUUUCAGAGAUGUCCUUUCUAGAAUAGAAAAUAGUCAAUGAAUAUUUAGAAGUCAGUACUCUGAACUAAGAUAUGUUGGCACAAAACAUCAAAGAGGUCACUUAGAUUCCUAUGCCCUUCGCUAAAUUAUUGAUGGUUUUGUACCAUUCCUGUUUUAAAUAACAUGUCCUGGCAGGCGUUUACUUUGACAUAGGCUCCAACUGAGUAAUGUCCCCGUUGGCCUUUUAUCAGAUUGUCAGGCUUCCUUGACCUCCUAGUAGCUGUGAUUCCAAAAGUGCAGGAAUUUUUUUUAGCCCAGUGGGAAGAAAUAGCAUCUGUACAUUUUAAGUGCAGGGAGGAAAAUGACCCUUUCUUAGAAACCAAAAUAUUGUAAAUAUGGAGUUUAAAGGCAUUUAUCUGUUUUCCAUGAACAGGAUAUCUGUAGUGUAUGAAAGAGAAACCAACAGAAAAAAUCCUUAGAUUUUGAAAAACUAUGAAUUGCCUUGCUUUAGACCCUCUGACUCCAUCUACCUUGUACUGUUGAAUGAAAUGAACUGGAAGCCGUCCUCUCUCUAUGCCAGAAUGUGUGUCUACACGGCCAGGAAGAGAGAGAUACGUUAUCCCAUCACUUAUAAUGUGAGGUGCUACCCCACCUUACAGUCAGGAGUCUGGGAGCAGACUCUACAGAGGCCAAUAGGAAAGGCAGUUUCUUGGUAAAAGCAGAGUGGUGUCUGGGGUCAGACGAGCACAGGGGAAGACCCAUCGUACCAACCAGAAGUGGCAGGAGGGGCCUCCCCAGUCCUGUGAACCUUCUUGGUCUCUCAGAAUUCCUUUGAGGCUAAGGCCAACCAGGAAGGUAGAUUUCAGUCUGUUGUGAGCUUCAAGGUGUCUGCAAACAUUUGAAGGUCAUAUAAUGGAUGCUGAAGGUCAUAUAAGACCUCUGUGAUCAGUAAUCCAAGGUUAGAUUUCACCAUCUUUAAACUGCUUCGUCGUUCUAUCAAAUAAGUGUUAUCUUAAAAUUUAGCUGAGUCCUUUUUAUCUUUCUCUCUCGGAUUCUGUUUAAAAUUCUAUGUGAAAAGGGUUCCACCACCACAUAAACAAAAGGAAACACAUGAUUUCCUUGGCGGUGAGGGCUAAAUGGGGCAUUAUUGGGCUCGAAGGCUGGUGGAAUUGUUACCAAAAGUUUCUUCUCAGAGCCAGAUUUAAGAUUUCGUUUUUAGGUCCUACAUGUGUUUCUCUCCAGUCUUCCCAGUUAGCCCUCAUUUUAUUUUAAAUGAAGAAAUCUUUACUAAGUACUUUGUAUCAUACUGCUCUAUUUCUUACUUUGGAGAGACUCAGAAAUGAGACACAAGGAUAUGACAGUUUCUAUACUGAGACUAGUUGAACUUUCGCUACUGGAAAUACAUGUUUUUAAUUGUCCGUUCUCUCAGUGGGCCUCUGGAUUUAAUUUCUGUACUUCACUGAUGUUUUCUGGGUAAAUUGCCUUGUAGGAAACAAGAGGUUGGAGGUGAUAUACCACUUAGCAGAGUAAAUCAGCCACUGAGGCAGAGCAGAUGCACUAAAUUGUUUCCACAAACCAGUGCCUCAGUUUAUCUUUUGAUCCUGUUAAAAUCUCAAGGUCCUUCAAAGUUAUUCUGUAGUUGUCAUGCUCUCGUGAAUGCAGCCACUAAGCCAUAAGGCUGAAUGUAGUAGUCACCAUCCUUUGAUGAUGCUUUGAACGGGGGACGAACUUCAGUAUGGACAUCAGGCCUAUUUUCCCUUAAAUAACACUUGAAUUUAUAGGACAACUCAACACUGUAACCCUGGUAGUAUUUAGGUGGGGAAAUCAUUUUUAAAAUAAAUCUCCAUAUUUAGAGA